AUGGAUGACCUUGAACGAGCUAUCAGAGUAAUCUUUGCGCAGGAUCCGUCCAUCACUCCUUCGGUGCGGGAGGAGGCCACCAGAUACUGCGAUGGCAUUAAGGCGCAUCCAGACUGUUGGAUCCUGUGCUGGGAGCGGCUUGUGCAGACCGAGGUGUUAGAGGUCAAGUUCUGGUGCCUUCAGGUGAUUCUGCAGGCGCUGUCGUCGAUCUCGCCAGUGGCCAGAGUGGAACUUCGAGGCAAAGUGCUUUCUUGGCUGAGGGAGGUGGCCGGCAAGAAACAAGAGGAGGUCGUGGUCAAGAACAAAGUCGCACUUGUGUAUGCAGGUCUCAUCAAGUUCGAUUAUCCGGCACAGUGGCCCUCCGCUUGGCAGGAUUUGAUUGGCCUGAUGGACUUAGGGCUUCCGUUGGUAGACUUCUUUUUGCGAGUGCUUGCCAUCUUUGACCAAGAGGUUGUCAACGACGACGUCGCCCGAAGCAACGAGGAUCGGCAGCGUGGUCAUCAGAUCAAACACGCGAUGCGUGAGCGCGAUGUAGUGUCGCUGGUCGAGUGCUGGUACAAGAUCUUGACCACAUUGAAGGGUGCUGCACCACACAUGGUGCGGGACUGUUUGAAAGUCACAGCUCUCUAUGUGGUGUGGAUUGAAAUCCUCACGGUGGCCAACGACAAGUUCUUAAGUGCAGUUUGCAACCUGAUUGCAGAAGCUUCGGAUAGUGCUGGUGAGGCUUGUGAAUGCCUGGCUGCAAUCGUCAGCAAGAAGAUGCCAGCCAGCAAGAAGGUGCAAAUGCUCAGCGAGUUGCAAAUCUUUGCACGUCUCGAGGCAUGUGUCCAUCGAGAUGGUUCGGACCAUCAGCUCCUCGUCAAGCAGGCGGACAUGAUCAACUCUGUCGGAGAGGUGACCUUGGAGGCCUACGUCGACCUUCGUGUUCAAAGCGAUGCUGACAGCGCGAGGUUGGCCCAGGUUGCAUGGGAAUCCACAAAUGCACUGAUGCCGCUUGUUUUCUGGUUCUUUGCCCACAAGGAGCAUCAAGUAGCCGUGUGCGUCGAGCCCUUCUUGACGGAGUUCUUUGUUAAGGUCAAAAGUUUCGUUGCAGACGGUCAGAAGGGUGAUAUGGAGAUGGCUCCUUGUCACUCUGUUUCACUGGAGCAGGUCAGACCCAUCUUGAUGCAGACACUACAGCUCAUCAUCCAGAGAACUUCCUAUCCACCUUGGUUUCAGCACAACGACCCGAACUUUGAGGAUGAAGAGCAGCAUGUUGCAUUCAUCGAGUUUCGACGAAGCCUGACGAAGAUCUACAAGCGCAUCUUCUUAGUCGAUGAGCAGCUUGGCUUCCAGUUCGUGCAAGCAUCGGUUGCUCAGCUCACCACAAAUCUUUCGGGCGUGCAGCCCAUGGAAGUGGAUGCAGUCCUCUACCUCUUCAAGGAGGCGGGAGAGACAGUGAGGCAGCUCGAGCAGCACUUGCAGGACGUGGCUGUCGGGCUCCGAGCGCUUGGGAUGCGUAUUCUCGUUUUCCAUGGCUACUCGAGCAAUGGCUCUUGGCAGCAGCACAAGGACAAGCGACUGCAGAAGCUGCUCUCUUUCUUCAAUGUGCGGCUACAUUACAUAGACGGGCCGGUGCAGCUUCCUCCAUUUUCAGCAGAAGGCAUCCAUCGACGUUUGUCCUGGUGGUCAAUCAAAAGGGAGGAUAGCUGGACAAAGCUGCUGGCAUACUUGCAUGAGGUAUUCCGCAGGGAUGGACCGUUUGAUGGAGUAAUGGGAUACAGCCAGGGCGCUGCUGUUGCUGGCGGUCUGUCUGCGGAGAUGCUGGUGGGGCACUUCCCCGGCAUGUUCCGGUUUGCCAUUGUGGUUUGUGGUUAUUUGGCCCCGACUCCAGAUCUGAAGCAGCUUAUCGAGUUGCUCGACCGGCAGGAGCGUCCAAGCGAGUCUUACAUAGCCGUUUUGCGCUGGCGGCGAUGGAAGAGCGUUGACAUUCCGGAGCAGAAGUCGUUCCGCCUUCCAACGUUGCACAUAAUGGGAGAAGCUGAUAAGGUAACUCCUGUGAGAAUGAAUCUGGAAAUGGCAAGCCUGUUUGCAGAUCCUGUUCUCGUCCGCCAUCCCGGUGGCCAUCAUCUGCCAUUUGCGACUGAGCCCAUACGGUCCCUCGUCCUUUUCUUGGUUCCCUUCAUGGAAGCGACAAAUGCAUCGCGUGUCCUCAAGGAGGUGGGGGACGGCCAAGAGCUUUGUCUACAAUGUGCCUCUUUCCGGUCAGAAGGAGCUUCGCAGAAUAAGAGGUGGUAUUGCGAGGCAUGCUGGGCACUCUGGCAGUCCAUGGCUCCCCUGUCGAGCGAUGACGAGGAGGUUGGCCUCGUCACGGAGCUGAGCCUGGUGCAGCAAAGCUUCUACCCUCCAAGAGGCGGUCCAGAAGCUGCGCUUUGUGCUGCUGAACUUGCCAAAGGCCCGCUGGCUGGCUGUUUCGUGCAGCUUAUCGAAUGUGACGCAUUAGUCAAUGCCGAUCACUGGGCAGUUCAGCUUGCACUGAUGGAGGUGUAUGUGAAGUAUGGCAAGCUGUUUGCAUUACACCAGGAGCUGUUCCCAAGGUAUGGGCAGAAGGUGCUACAAGCCCUGCUGAGUCCCCGAGGUGUCCGUUCCAACAAUCCUCAUCUCGCGGCUCGCGCUUGCUUCAUGUUCGGGCGCUUUGUGAAGUUGGUCAGAGUCCAGGCUGCAGCCCUUGUGGCACAGAUCCACGAAGCCUUGCAGGAUCUCCUCAUUGUACAGUAUGUUCCUUCAGCACUCCUUCCUGUACAGGCGGAAGUGUCGCUGACCAAAGUCGCUGUCAAGGGUGCGCUUAAGGCGGACGACCAGGCCAACCUCUUCGAGGCACUGGCAUGCCUCGCAGCUGCGAGCAGACCGGAAGAGCUCCCGGCAAAGCUGGAGAUGCUGCUUAAAGGCCCUGCGCAAAACUUGUCGGAGAUUGUCACUGAUGCAGCGGCAGCACGAGCUGGAAACGAUAUAGCUGGCUGCGCCGGCUGGGCUGGACGAAGCAUUGAGGCCAUUGCCACAGUCAGCAAAGCUUUCAACGUUUCGCAUGCAAGCACAGCCACUGCUUGGGAGCAGGUCUUAAUGAUUGUGGCCCGCAUUCUGGAGAAGUUUGUGAACCAGUUGAACCGUGAGAUUGGGCUUUGGCGAGCUGCCUUAUUCCUUUGCCGAAGGAUGGUAGAAGUGCUGGGCGAUCGUUUCCUGACCGUCCUGGAUACCUUGUUCCCUUUCCUGUAUGCUACGAAUGAUCAGGCAGAUUUGACAGAGCUGACGAUUUUUGCACAUCACCUGGUGUGCCAAUAUCAGAAGAAGACUCAGCCCCAUCUUCAAAAGUGGCCAAAGCUCAGCGACGUCUUCAGCGGUUCUUGGAGCAAAAAUUUGGUCCAGCGCAUCAACAAGAUUGAGUUCAGCGAGGUGUUGCGCAAGUAUCAGUACCCGGGAAAUAUACAACAGCUUUUCAGCGAGCUUGAUGAUGAUCGCUCGGGUGAGAUCACCAUGUACGAGAUCGAUCCGGCCCAAGCUGCAGCCUUCCUGCAUAUGGCGGUGGCAGUUUUUAGACCUUUGUCGAAAGCUGAGGUGCUGUGGAGCAGCUUCCGUCUCUGGUGCAUCAAGACCUUUCGAUCCGUCGAGGAGCUCUUGACGCGGCUUGGGAACACCAACGAGGAGCGCCUGAAAAGCCGGCUGACCAUCAAAGCGCGCCACUCCGCCAUCACGGAAGAGCAGUUCCAGAAGCGCAUCAAGGAGAUGGGAUGGCAGCAUGGUCAGGAGAAGCUUCUCUUCAGCGGCCUAGACUUCGAUGCAUCAGGCAAGCUGGGCCGCGAAAGCUUCAGGUGGCUGGAGGCAGAGUUCCACCGCAUUCAGCGGAAGAUGGAAGCAAAGAGCCGUGCAAUCCAUUCGCUCCGCAAGCAGCAAGCACAUGAAGCCCAAGAGCAGACCAUGAACCGCUUCAAGGAAUACCUGGUGAAGAAGCAUGGGAACCUUGUUCGGGCAUGGCGAGUGGUCUUGUGCAGCAACGAUGUUAUGUCCAUCCCAAAGACUCCGUUCCUGAAGGCCUGCGCUCUAAUCGGCUUCUCACAUGAAGCGCGGGAUCUUUGGCACGUCUUGGACAAAGACGAAAGUGGGUUUGCGGCAUUGGAAGAGCUGGAUCCCCCCAGUGCUGAGGCACUCGCGCGCUUCAAGGCGUUCCUGGAAAGUCGUUUUGGAUCAGUCACGCAAGGCUUUGCAUCACUGGAUUCGGACUCUGGGAAGAAAGUGAGCUACAAGCAGUUUGAGAAGUCCUUGCUUGAGUGGGGCUGGUCUGGCCAUACCAAACAGCUCUUCCAACAUUUAGACAAAUCUAACUCCAAAACGAUCGAGGAGUCCGAUUUCAGGUUUUUGGAGAAAUGGCAUCCUCAUCCGUACUUUCUUGUAGAAGCAAACCAUGCCGCCAGAGAUGAAAUCCGAGAUCUCAUUGGACAGAAGUACGGUGGGCAUUUUCUCAAGGCGUGGAAGCAGCUUCUUGACAAAGAUGGCAGUAACCGCUGCAGCUGGUCUGAGUUCCAGGCUGCAUGCCACAGGAUUCGAUACCAUGGUGACGUUGCGGGUGCCUGGCGGGCAUUUGAUGAGGAUCUUUCAGGGUACAUCACGCUGAAUGAAUUGGACUCAGAGGCCAGCGCUACCCUUUCCAACUUCAAGAGCUGGGCGUGGCGGGAGUUUGGCACAGUGAGAGCGGCCUUCAGUGUAUUCGACCACGACGCGUCCAACAGCCUUACAUUCCAAGAAUUUCGUGGCAACUGUCGCAUCUAUGGCUAUGUAGGCAACGCACGUCAGUUGUUUGCAGCCUUGGAUGUCAACCAAGAAGGUGUCUUGUCGAUGCAGGAAACAUGUUUCUUGGACGACUGGGAAAUUGACAACAAUUCACAAGAAGAGAGGACGCACCUCGAGAAGCGAGAAAGCCAUAUUCGUCGAAUUGAUGACACGGUCCGAAAGCACGUGCAGAAGCAGGCGCGACCCGAGAGGCUGUCUGAACUCUCCUGCCGAUCGCACAGCAAGCGGUCACUGAAAAGCGAUUCGAGCAUUGGUGAUGAUCCUGAAUUUGUGGAUGAGUCGGACCGCUCUUCCAAGGUGGCGCAAGUGAAGCAGACCUUGCAAAUGCGGGCAGACUUGCCGCUGAUACCUCUUUACACCUGGCCUCACCGCCGCGCAGCGGAGGUUGCUUUGCUUGCUAUCAGGGACCGUGAGAGAAAGCACUGGGUUCAAGAAGCAGCUGACGACUGGGUUUUCAUGGGCCAGUUCAAGGAGCUCGCACAGGACAUGAUGCUGGGAGAAGUGCACCGGCCUGACGAUGGCGGCAAGCGAGUAGCUUUGACGGGAUAUUUGCCUGCUCGCAUCCCCAGGCUGCAUCAGACCUUUCUGCGUCCGCUGGCUGUGUGGCAGCAAAUGCCAGAGCAGUCUGAUCAGCUCAAGCGCGAGAAGCUGGAGCUUGGAAAUGCCAUGUUGCAGCUGCUUAAAGAGGCAGCACAGCGCUGUCCAAGCGCGCUGUUGGAACCCAUGCUUACUAACACAAGGCACGGUCAGGAGAUGACCAGCUUCUUGUUGGUUGGCCUCCAGGAUGCCCGGGAGAUCAAGGCAGUGCUGUACUCUGCAUCCGCUUGGGCAGCUUUGCUGGAAGCGGCAACGUCUUCAAGCGAGGCGGCAGCUGCCAUCGCAAGCUUGCCAAUCGCACAGUUGCUGCAGAGAACGCUCUGGUCGGCAGCACGCAUGGACUACAACGACAUCCAGUCCCAGAAAGUGCUCAGCGAGGCUGCCUCGAUUCUGCGAUCGGUGAUGAACCCAAGAGCGCAGCCACAGGCGCAGCUCGAGCAGACAAAGGAAGCCUUCCAGCAAUCGCUGGUUGGAGCCUUGCCCGGUCUGCAGUCGGAAAUCGGCCCGCGGCAGCUCGGAGAGGUGCUGUUGCAAGAGGCACCGCUGAAGGAUGUCCGCACCACGUUGCAGCAGUGCAUGCUGCAGUGGCAGCGAGCGCUUCACGUGCUUUGUGCGGAUCAAGGCGUUGCCUUGUUUUGGGACCCGCCGGCUAGCUGCGUACACUGGCGACCAGCUUUCGCCAUGGGGUGGGCCUUCGUGCCAUGGCUCCUGCUGAUAUCUCGGGCAUCUGGCAUAGACAAGCCGGAGGGAUGCUCGGACGAAGCUUGGAACUUCGUUUGCAUUGGUAAGAUCUCUUGUGCAGAUCUCGCCAAUGCUGGCGUCACCUGCACAGGUAUCGGCAGCAUGGGCACAUGUUCUACAGCGUGUGCCAGCCCAUGCUGUGUGACAACCACAACCACCACACAGACCGUGACAGCAACGACUGUCACCUCGGUGACACACACGGAGACCAGCACCAGCAUCUCCGAAACUGUCACCACCACGCACACGCUGACAGAGACAUCAAUAACUUCCACUGCAAGCGAAACCUCCACUCACACAGCAACAGACACAAAGACCAUAACAACAACGGCAACCCGCACAAUGACUCACACCAUAACCGAGAUCUCCGAAUCCACAGAGCCACCGAGCACGACUACGGAGAUUGAACCCGCAGCAGUGGAGAGGCUGUCCGUCCGUGCCGUCGUCACAGAUGUGACGACGUACGUGGAUUACAUAAGAGACUCCAGAAUCAUCACCGCCUACAAAGACGUCAUGGAGGAUGUUUCCGGUCUCAGUGAGCACUGGAUCGCUUUGCAAAUGUUUCCUGGUGCCGCUGGCAACAUCACAGUCGACUACAUUCUGACAGUGCCCUUCGUAGAGGGAGCGGGUGGCGAAUUGGUGCCCAUUGUGCCUGUAGAGCAGGUGCAGGGCAAGCUUGAUGCGGUCACUGCAGAGAGUUUCAACACAAUGCUGAAAGAGAAAGUUGACCAAGCCUUCGGUGCUGGGACACAUUCUCAGAAGGUCGUGAGCUUCGAGCAAGACACCUCGGAUUCGGGCAACGGCAGCGUCAGCAGCGCACUGCGCUUGGGCGUGCCCUUCGCGGGCUCACUGGCGAGCAUUCUUUUCAUGAUGUUGGCUUUGAUUGUCGGCAGCUAA